GUCCGGAAUAGUUGUGCCUGAUCUUCAAACUAAAAAGUUUUAGAGCACGAGGCUGCGCUGUUAGAUCAGGAGCCAAUCACAAGCCCGGUAAUACCCGGAAGCAAAGAAGUCAAUGGCCGAACAUCUUCACGACAACAGCUUCUACAGCCUCUCUUGUCCACAUAACCUAUUGAACGCAACGCUUCAAACGUCACAAUGUCGGCUAUCGGAAAGAACUUCUACAACCUCUUCGUCCGCAGGAAUUAUGUCUUCCUCGGGACGGUCUUCGCCGGCGCUUUCGCUUUCGAGAUGACCUUCGACUCUGUUACAGACUCGCUCUGGGAUAAGAUCAACAAGGGCAGACAAUGGAAGGACAUCCGUGCAAAGUAUGUCGAGGCAGGCGACGACGAGUAAAGUCGAGCCAAUGGGGGACAAGCAAGGAAGGAAUCGAUAAUAGCGAACAAUAGACUGUGAAGCGAGUAGACUUGGGGAUC